AUGGCAGACGCAACACAUGUAGAAAACGAGAACAUCCGAAGACUGAAAGAUGCAGCGGCCGGUACCGCCGGAGGCAUGGUUCAAGUCCUCGUCGGCCAACCCUUCGAUAUCAUCAAAGUCCGUCUCCAAACUCAGUCAACCACAAACCCACAAUAUACCGGUGUCGCCGACGCCGCACGGAAGAUCGCAGCGAACGAGGGCCCGCUCGCGUUCUACAAGGGUACGCUUGCGCCAUUGCUUGGGAUUGGUGCGUGUGUUAGUGUUCAGUUCGCCGUGUUUCAUCAAGUACGAAGGAAUUUCGCGAUGAAAAACGCGGAGACGAGGGGGGAUAGGAGUGAGGAUUUGACGUAUGGGCAGUUUUAUGUUGCUGGUGCCGCGGCCGGUAUCGCCAAUUCCGGCAUCGCCGGUCCCCUCGAACGCGUCAGGAUUUUGCUACAGACUCAGCCUUCGUCCCCAUCGAGAUUGUUUAACGGCCCCUUGGACUGUGUGAAGAAGAUUGGUGCGGAGCAAGGAACGCUGAGAGGCCUUUACCGCGGUCUCGUACCCACCAUCCUCCGCGAAGGUCAAGGCUCCGGGUUCUGGUUCUUGACAUACGAAUUCUUGGUCCGACACAUGGCCUCCUCGAACAACACCACCCGCGACCAACUCCCAGCCUGGAGACUAUGCCUUUGCGGUGCCUCCGCCGGUGCGAUGUUCUGGCUUUCCUCAUACCCCCUCGACGUGAUCAAGAGUAAGAUGCAAGGGUUUGGGGGUGAUGCGAAGUAUAAGGGCGUGAUAGAUUGUGUUAGGCAGACGUAUGCCCAGGGUGGUGUUGGUGCGUUUUGGAGGGGGAUUGUGCCGACGAUUAUGAGGGCUGGACCGGCGAGUGCGAGUACGUUCUUGACGGUGGAGAUGACGAUGAGGUUGUUGGGAUAA